CUCGAGACGCUUCAACGACGUCACAUUCCUCGGUCAAGAGGAGCCAUGCAAAAUGAGCGCCGGACUUUUGAAGGAUUUCCUGUCAUAAUUGACUCUGCCUACAGCUAAACGCGCCGCAAUUUUAGGAAAAUAAACACAGAUAAUCAGGCCCACACCAUGACGGAAGAGGCGAACUAUACGGGAUGCAUCAGGGCGGAGGUUCUGUGAAUGAGGGCUUGUCUUCUUAACAAGACUACUGUUCACCAUCUUGAGGCUUUCAGCACAGGUCCUUUCUACGAGACAGCAGACAGGCACAAUAGAUUCUCCAGUUAACAAGCAGAAUUAUGGAGGAAGGACAAUUCAAGUUCAUCACGAAUGGGGAUGGAAGAGUCAGCCGUCUCAUCCGGAUCGGAACACGCAAGAGUCAGUUGGCUCGCAUUCAGACGGACAGUGUUGCAGAAAAACUUAAAGAGCUUCACCCUGACAUCGUUUUGGAAAUUGUGGCCAUGUCAACAAUUGGGGACAAAAUUCUUGACACGGCUUUAUCGAAGAUUGGAGAGAAGAGUUUGUUCACCAAAGAGUUGGAGACUGCUCUGGAGAAGAAUAUUGUCGAUGUGGUCGUCCAUUCACUGAAGGACCUUCCCACCACGCUGCCUCCAGGAUUCACUAUCGCAGCUGUGCUUAAGAGAGAGAACCCCCACGAUGCUGUCGUCCUGCAUCCAAAACAUGUAGGGAAAACGUUGGAGACUCUUCCAGAAAAAAGCGUGAUUGGCACCAGUUCACUGCGUCGUGCUGCUCAGUUGAAGAGGAGAUUUCCCCACUUGGUGUUUAAAGAUAUUCGUGGAAACUUGAACACAAGGUUGAAGAAACUGGACGAAAAGGAGGAUUUUGCUGCCAUCAUCCUUGCUGCGGCUGGUCUAAAGAGGAUGGGUUGGGAAAACCGAAUCAGCCAGAUCUUGGAGCCCGAGGAUUGCAUGUAUGCUGUCGGACAGGGCGCUCUGGCCGUGGAGGUUCGAGCUAAAGACAGAGACAUCCUGGAGAUGUUGUCUGUACUAAACGACACUGACACUGUGCUGCGCUGCAUAGCCGAGAGAGCAUUUCUCAGGCAUCUGGAGGGAGGCUGCAGUGUUCCUGUGGCUGUGCACACAGAGGUGAUAGACUCGCAGCUCUACUUGACAGGGGCCGUGUACAGCCUGGACGGUUCCGACUUUCUGAAGGACACCAUGCAGACGAGCAUUGCUACUACCCAUAAGGGGCAGGAGGAAGUGGACGAGCAGGUACAGCGUGUGGGGGUGACGGUCAUCAAGAUCUGCGGCGGCUCGCAGGACAAUGCCGAGCGCCUGGGGGUGGAUCUGGCCAACUUGCUCUUAAGCAAAGGAGCCAAGGAGAUCCUGACGGUGGCUCGACAGCUCAAUGAUGCCAGAUAAUGGACACUCCAUUUGCUCCAUCGUCACGGCAAUCCGGUUAGGUUGUUCACAGGCAUCCGUAGUGUUUUGCAAUUGUACCGCCAUAAAACAACUUUUGCAUUCAUACAGCCAUAAAACACCUCACAAAGGCCAGUUGUCACGAAAAGGACGUCUUAAAUUCAAUCAUUAUUUUAAGGUUUAGGCUCGUAAUGCAACAGGUUAUAGGUUGGAAUUACAGUAUUUUUAAUUUAAUGUUCCAGUUAUUAGUUAUGAGUACUGUGAGCCUGAUACUCAUAAACAAUGUUCCCUCUAAGAUGCAUGCAUGAGCAAUUGCGCACCGCUCUCACCUUGGCGCUGGCGCGCACCACGCACGCACGUUACUUUUUCACACUCAUUUCUCCCCUGUCUCAAAAAUUAAGAUGGAAUGUCUUCGUCAACAAGACUUACUCACAAGAGAGAGAGAGACGAGAUAAGACGCAACGAAAAUGCUGGUGGCGUGACGAUAACGAAAUUUAUCAUUCCAUAUUGUUGGGAAAUAAAAAUGAGACUGAA